AUGUCUCCAAGAUAUUCAUACUCAUCAAGUUCAUCAGAUUCUGAUGAUGCAUCUUAUACUUCUUCCCCUGCUACAACAGGAAAAUAUGGCAAACGAUUCACAAAGGAAGAAGAUGCUCUUUUGAAGGAGCUUGCCAAGGACAAGAAGAACCGCACAUGGAAAGAGAUUGCUACGUUCCUUCCAGGUCGCACAGCAUGCCAGUGCCGCGACAGGUACAACCAGUACCUUUUCAAAGAAGUUGUUAGCAAGCCAUGGACAUCAGAGGAAGACGAGGUUAUUGUUGAGAAGUACCGUCUUUAUGGUCCACACUGGGUUAAGAUCUCACAGUUCCUUCCAGGUCGCAGUGGCAACAACAUCAAGAACAGGUGGAACAGUGCCUUAACCAAAUAUCACGGAAUUCAACACAAAAACGCACGUCAAGAACGAAGAUCAAAGAAGGAUAAAUGGAUUGAUGACGCUAGUUAUGAGCAAUCGCCUGUAAUAGAAAUGAAAGCUGUCGCAGAAGAAGUUUCCAUUCCAAGAAAUGAUUAUAAAUCAGAAAAAAUCAUUUUGCCAGUCAACCACAAUAAUAAUAUUGAUAAUAAUGCUCAGUCCCUCGUUAAGAUGGAAACCCUUGAUGACAAUUCAUUCUUCUCUUUGUUUUCGGAAAAUUAUAUUAUUAACGAUUUCGAGGCUUUUGACUUGCCCGAAUCUACAUGGUUUUAA